AUGUCUUCGUCAAGACAGCGAAUUGUGACUUCAAGAGCUCCCCUUCUGCCUCAGCAGACGACUCCAGAACAAAGAUAUUGGCGCCAAUAUUCUUCAGCACAGCUAGUUAAAGAACAUAAUAGCGUUACACACAUUUCAUUCAAUCCCCAGCAUCCUCAUGAUUUUGCAGUGACAUCGUCCACUCGAGUGCAAAUUUUCUCUUCCAGUACUAGACAAGUUAUAAAGACAUUCUCGAGAUUUAAGGACAUAGUGUAUUCAGCGUCGUUCAGAAAUGAUGGUAAGCUGUUAUGUGCGGGAGAUGCAACAGGUUUGGUUUCCGUCUACGAAAGUUACAACCCAAGGACACUUCUGCUCUCGAUAAACGCCUCUUCGCAUCCUACCCAUGUUACAAAAUUCCACGAUCAAGACAGCAAGACACUGGUGACCGCCAGUGAUGACAGAGUUACGAGGGUUUGGGAUGUAGCACAUGCAUAUGAACCACAAUUGGAGCUGCUGGGCGCUUCAGAUUAUGUUCGGACAAUUUGCUUUGUUCCUGCAGCGCCACAUCUUGUGAUGACAGGCUCUUAUGAUGGGUUUCUAAGACUUUAUGACACCAGGUCAUCUGGAGCCGUCCCGGUAUAUUCGCUUAAUCACGGGCAGCCAGUCGAAAAUGUCACUUCUAUCUCUCCAACGCAAGUUGUUUCCUGUGGUGGCUCUAAUUUUAAGGUAUGGGAUCUCACAAGCAACAAGAAAUUACAUGAGCGUGGUAACUUCAAUAAAACAGUGACAUGCUUAGAUUAUGUGGAGGAUUUUGAUUGUCCAAGCCGAUCCGCGCUGAUCGCAUCCUCAUUAGAUGGUCACGUCAAAGUAUUUGAUCCUCUAGACAACUAUAAGGUCAAGUUUGGCUGGAAGUUCUCGGGAGCGGUAUUGAGCUGUGCUGUGUCCCCAGGUGAAGCUCAGGGAAAUAAGCAUUUGGUUGCCGGUCUCUCUUCCGGUCUAUUAGCCAUAAGAACGAAAUCCAAGGAGAAAAGGUCAAACAAGCCUGCGGGCUCCGUAUCGGCUGUCACGAAGAGUAAUAAUUACCAAAGAAUGAUGCGUGGAUCGGAGUACCAAGGAGAUCAGGAGCAUAUAAUUCAUAAUGACAAAAUGAAGCAGCAGCGGCGCGUACGUGCUUUCGAAAGAAACAUAAACCAAUUUAAGUGGAGUGAGGCAUUGGAUAGCGCGUUCGUUCCCGGCAUGGCCAAAGAACUAACGCUUACUGCAUUACAAGAACUUCGCAAGCGCGGUAAAAUCAGAGUGGCCCUUUAUGGGAAGGACGAAUCUUCUCUAGAGCCCUUGCUAAACUGGUGCCUGAAAGGCAUUGAGGACGUGAGAGCCGCUCCUGUGAUUGCAGACUGGUUAGCUGUAGUUAUAGAAUUAUAUGACGAGUUACUGGAAACGUCACCAGUCCUGCAGGAAAUGAUCAUCGACCUUAGAAAUAAAGUAAGGCAGGAAGUAUACAAAGCGAAAGAGGCUCAAAGGAUUGAAGGUAUGCUACAACUUUUGACGAGUUAG